AUGGAUAACGAGAAGGCGCUCAGGUUGGUCUUAUUGCACAAUAUGUGUUUUUAACCCUCGAAUAGAAUUCAAGCGAAUUCAAAACGUUAUAUCUCAGCUGGGAAUAGAGCUGUCAAAAAGUUGUAAACUAAUAAAAUGUUCAUCAGCAAAUUUUGCAAAUUUUGUCAGUUGACAACUUUUUGAUAUCUUCACCGACAGCUGAGAUAUCGUGUUUUGAAUAAACGCUUUUUUCAGUUUCACCUACUACUUGUAAUAGUCGAGUAAAAGUGUCAAAACACUUGAAAUUUUCGUUCAGGUUUGAGUUAGAAUGUCGUCGUACCGGAAAGUGUCGAGAAAUCGUGGCCGACGUGCAGCACAGCCGAAUGCCACGUCACAUGGAGCAGGAAGCGUGCUCGUUGGCCGCUAAAAGCAUCAUGGUGAGUGCGCAUUUGCAUUUGUACAUGAAGAAUGUCCUGAUGAUCGUCACAAUGACUUUUCGUUUCGACCAAAUGAAUUGCAGACGUAUCAUCUGGAGCACGACAUUGCUCGUCAUCUCAAAUUGGCAUUCGACAGAGAGUACGGACCGGAUUGGCAUUGCAUUUGCGGAAAACAUUUCGGAUCUUUUGUCACGUUUGAGCCAGACAGGUUAGCUUUUUUGCAGACUUGCCAAAUCCCAAAAAAAAAUAUGAAGGAAGAGGAAAACGCGUGCGGCAAAAUUGCUAAAAUGGCGUGCCAGAGUUGCAAUCAAUCGCUCCGCCCACUCUUGAGAAAAUUUUCGUAAUUUUUGUGAAAAUUUUGCGACUUUAAACAGCAAUUUCUAUUUUUUUAACAGGUUUUUAUGCUAUAACAUUGCCUUUUUAAGUCUAUAAAAUUUUAAGUCUAUAAAAUUAUGUUCGUUUCGAAGUUCUAGUUCGCUUUGAAUUUUUAGGUGCAUCCUCCCGGGCCGACCGGGCCGGGCCGGAAAAUUUCCAAUUUUGGCCCGGCCCGGCCCGGCCCGUUGCAAGUCUGCUUUUUUGAAACAGUAAAAGAGCACGCCAGUUCUAUUUUUAUCUCAACUCAGCUGCCGGUGGAUUAAACAAAAAGUGGUCAACUGAUAAAAUGUACACAAUUUGCUAGUGAACAUUUUAUCAGUUGACAUCUUUUUGAUAUCUCCACUGCCAACUGAGAUACAUCGGUUUGAAUGGACAAUUCCUAUUUUUCCAGUUUCAUCUACUUCCGCAUCGGAACAAUCGCGUUUAUGCUCUUCAAAACGUCGCUUCAACGGCUGCCAAUUAUGGAAAAACACUUGGAAAAUCUGAAAAUCACGCCAAAAACGAUUCUGGGAAGGGGCAGACUGACACCGAAAAGCGAUGAGGACGACACGAGCACCACGGCCUCGGACGUUUCUUGA